CCAGCGAGUUCUUGAUUACCCCAUUCAUCAUUGGACGUGUUUUCAAUGUAAUCAGUGGUGUUAUUUUUGUUUCAUAUCGGUUUAUUAUGUGGCCACGUGACAGACUGUAGACUAUAGAAAAUUGCCAAAUGAACAUCAUGAUUGACGGAUUAGGAUUAGGCCUACUUGGCUGUUGCUCAUUUGGUCUUCUCGUUGUACGUUUAUCCAACGUUGACAACUAAUUAAACCGUAAUUUUUUCCAUAAGAUCGUAUAACGCACGUUGUUUUGACAUAACCGGACACAUAACUUGAUAUAUUACACGUUUGAAAAUCUGUCCAUCUAAACAGCGAGAGACCUAAUUACAUUUCAGAAAUGUUUAUGAGCAAUUAACUCGAUUUCCCGAUGUUUUCUCUUGGAAAGAGUGUUAUGAAAAACGAAAACAGCUCUCCAAUAGCGGACGGUCUGCGCUGCAACGAUGCACAACAGCGCUCAUUUCCCCUCUCCUGUUGAUUCGGGUUGUAUCGCAGCGCAGCGCUGGCCCCCUAGAAAUAAGCAGCAAGGUACAGACUAGGACUGAAUUGCUUCGAAGCGGAUGCUUUUCUAUUUUUCUUCUGUAUCACCCCAUAGAAAGGGGACAGUGUAGUCUAGUCUUACCGUUUUUUUUUAUCCGUUCCAUUUUAUUGUUGCGUCGAUUGGAACCUCCGGAAGAACGUGCGCUCAAUUUCGACGCUGUUUUGUUCCGCUCUUUGUCACAGCAGAACAGGUCGUGAUUAUCCUUGCAUGCCACAUAACGGAUCAGCAUUGACGGAGGGAGCGUUUUUAUGUUAUCAAUGUGCAUUGAUGUAGCAGAAAACGUGGAGGAGAUAAGAGCCCUUAUCUCGGCACCUGGCACAUUUGAUAAGAAUUUAAUUGAGGACAGUGAGCGAUUAAAAGGAUUGCGAACCUUGUCUCACGCGGGAAUUUACACCAUCACUGGGAUCUAUGAGUGGAAAGGUGGCGAAGCCUAAAGAAGAAAAGGAUGCUUCCAAGGUCCAGGAUGACGCUGUCCCAGGUACACAGGAGUACAUUAUGUUACGCCAGGACUCCAUCCACUCCUCGGCGGACAUAAGGAGUAAGGGCUCUCCGUUUCGUGCUAAGUGUCACGAAAUCUUCUGCUGCCCGCUGAAGCAAGCCAUCCACAAAGAGAGCUCAGAGCCCGAAGAACCCCAACUGAAGGGCAUCGUGACGAAGCUCUACAGUCGCCAGGGCUUCCACUUACAGCUACAGGCGGAUGGAACCAUCGAUGGGACAAAAGAGGAAGACAAUGGCUACACCAUUUUCAACCUUAUCCCCGUGGGGCUACGAGUGGUGGCCAUUCAGGGCGUUCAGACCAAACUCUACCUGGCCAUGAACAGUGAAGGCUUCCUAUACACAUCAGAACACUUUACACCGGAGUGUAAGUUCAAGGAGUCGGUGUUUGAGAACUACUACGUGACGUACUCGUCGAUGAUCUACCGGCAGCAGCAGUCGGGACGGGGCUGGUACCUGGGCCUGAACAAGGAGGGCGAGAUCAUGAAGGGGAACCACGUGAAGAAGAACAAGCCAGCAGCCCACUUCCUCCCAAAACCCCUGAAAGUGGCCAUGUACAGGGAGCCCUCCCUCCACGACCUGACGGAGUUCUCUCGCUCCGGCAGCGGCACGCCCACCAAGAGCCGAAGUGCGUCCGCCAUGCUCAACGGCGGCAAGGCGGUGAGCCAGAACGAGUCCACGUAGCCCGGCUCCGGCCCAGAGUAACAAAAGAAACAACCAACCCAGGCACCAAACCACGAAUACCUUACCUCCAGCAGAGCGUGCAUCCAAGCCGAAUUCGUCGAUCUCCGAUCAGUGAUUCAGGGCUAGUUACAGCAGAACAUCACACAUCACCCACACACACUUACGUACACACACCCACACACACACCCGCCAUCAUCUGACAAAACAAUUGGCACACUAUCAUGGUCAGUCUUCAUUCCUUCUGAAAGAAAAAAAAAGAGAGAAAAAAAAAAAGACAUCAUUUGUAAACCAUAUAUGAAACAUUGUAGAGAAAAACAACUGCCCUCAGGGGCUUGCAUAUUUCUUCCUUCUAUUGGUCUAUCUAUAUUUAGUGAUGACUGGUAAGCUCAUCUUAAUAUCUCCUUGAUAUCGUUUCAUCUUAUCGUCUUUUGGACAACCACUUUUUCUUUGCUAGUCUCACUUAGGUCAUUGAGACACAAACCAUUUUGGGAGACAGUAACUGGAGGCGAAGGGAAGACGCUGCCAAGGGCAGCCGGUAAAUGGGUAUAAAACCCUGGUGUGGCAUGGGGGGGCGAAGCAGAGACAGGUACACGACGCAGUAGUACCCAUGGCCAUAGCCUCCCCCACCCCCUCCUCCCCCCCCCUCGC